GUGAAUUGUAGGUGUUAACUUUUUGGUGAAGACAAAACUAAAUACUGCGAUUUAAGAUGCCUAGAAAACGUGUGUUGAAGACCAAUAGAAACUCAAUAGAUGAAAUGACAGUGAAGCAAGCUAUAUUAGAGUAUUUUAAUGGUGUUUAUUCUGAACGAGAAGCUGCGAGAGUACAUUCAAUUAAAAGGUCAACAUUGCAGAGCAGAGUGAAGAAAAUUUUAACAAAUAAGACUAAAGAGCAAUAUUUAAGAGAGCAGAAUUUAAACGACUCAGGACAUGAAAGUGAUAUUGAUGACUCUCCUCCUAAAUAUUCAAGCAAAUAUACCAAUAGACAAGUCUUCAGUACACAAGAAGAACUAGAGUUAGAAAAAUAUAUUAAAAGGUGUUCCGACAUAAACUAUGGCCUAACUUAUGUUCAGAUUCAGAAACUAGCCUAUGAAUUUGCCAUUGCGUUGCCUCACUGUAAUUUUCCUCAAGAGUGGCGUGAAGCAAAACAAGCCAAAGAAGGGUGGCUAAGAGGAUUUAUGGCAAGACAUAAAUCACUGGCUCUGAGAAAGCCAGAAAGUACCAGCCUAAGUCGUAGCACUGCUUUUAAUAAGCAUAAGGUGGAUCAAUUUUUCGAAAAUCUUAAAAAAGUGUUAGAUAAAUAUAAGUUUCCGCCUGAGAAGAUUUAUAAUCUCGACGAGACUGGGGUAACCACAGUGAUGAAACCAGUGAAAAUUGUAUCAACGUCUGGUAAAAGACAAGUGUCGCAAGCUGCCUCUGCAGAAAGGGGGGAGUUGGUUACAUUUAUUGGAAUUAUCAAUGCCGCUGGACAAUCAAUCCCACCAGUGUAUGUGUUUCCCAGGGUCCGAAAUAUUGAAGAUUUUAUGUUUGACUGCCCAGUUUCCAGUUUAGGCUUGGGCAACAAAAGUGGAUGGAUGACUACUGAACUAUUUCCGAAAGUUCUCCAACAUAUAGUCGCGCAUACUCAUUGCACUGUCACGGAACCAAUUUUAUUAUUGGUCGAUAAUCAUGAAUCACAUGUUAAUAUUACAAGUGUCAGAUAUUGCAAAGAAAAUGGAAUUAUCCUGCUCGGUUUUGCUCCUCACACUACCCACAGAAUGCAGCCUUUGGACGUAGGCAUUUAUGGCCCCUUCAAGAACUAUUGUAACGUAACAUUCAACGAUUGGAUGACGUCAAAUCCAGGGAAAACAAUUUCUGUUAAACAUAUUCCACAACUAACGAAGAUGCCUUACUUAAAAGCAUUUACCGCCAGCAAUAUCAUAAACAGUUUUCAAAAACCAGGAAUUUAUCCUUUUAACAGGCUAGCUUUUACUGACGAGGACUUCACUCCAAGUUAUGUUACGGAUCAACCUUUAAUAACGGAAGAAUGUAAACAAAAUAGGGGAAAUGAAAAUAACGAGAUACAAUCGCAAAUCAUUAGCAAUGAAACAACUCCAGAAAAGCCUCAACAUGCAGAUACCAGCAGUGCUAGCAAAAAAGCAAAUGCAAUCAAUCAAAUGAAUCAAAAUGAAAAUGAUAAUCGCCAAACCGUAGAAACAAUUAACCAAUUAGGUAGAUAUUACAAAUGCAGACACGCCAUCAUGUAGUGGCACAAAUAAGGUUCCCAAGAAAAGGUUGAAAUUAACACUCGAAUCUAUUAGACCAUAUCCAAAAGCUGUUAGAAAAACAGAAAAAAGAAAGAGAAGGCCUGGUUGCUCAAAGGUUUAUACAGACACACCAGAGAAGAACAGGUUGGAAGAAUUAGAAAUGGAAAAAGCUAAGAAGAAAGAGGGAGUAAAAAGACGUUUAUCGGAUAAAACUAAGGUGACGAAAAAAGAAACAAAAACAAAAGGCAAAAAAAUACAAAUAGAGUCUCACAGCCAAUUUGAUUCAUCAUCUGAUAAAAGUGAUAUAUCACUACACGAUCACUCCGAGGAAGAUCUUUCAGACGAAUAUGACGAACUUGAAGAGCUUAAGGCAGGCGUGGAACUGCACAAAGAGGAUUUCGUUUUGGUUCGGUUUAAAGUGAAAUCUUCAUUGGUGCAUUAUAUUGGACAAAUUUUAGAGAUUGAUGAAAGUAAGUUGAAAAUCAAAUUUCUGAGAAGGAAGGGUCUUUCUACAACAUUUAAUUUCCCCCAAAUUGAGGAUGUAAGUGAAGUAAUAAAUGACGAUAUUAUCUGUAAGGUUACAGUAUCUUCAAGGCCAGGGACUGCCAGAACAGCGUCUUCUUUUCAUUUUUCAUACAACUUUAGUACUUUAAUUGUGAAUUAAAUUUCUUAUAUAUGUACCUCUACCAUCAUAAUCAAUAAAAGUUGUUGUUUGACAGAUCUUACUGCCUGGCCGAAUGCUCCCUAAGGGUGGGGAGCAUUCGGCCAAUUGAAGCAUUUUCAAAAAAAAAAAAUUUAAAUACCAACAAAUUAUUUUUUAGUUAUAAUGCACUUUUAGUAGGUCCCCAAUGAUCAAUAAUACGUUAUGCGUUAAUUAAACUGUCUCUUUUACCACAAUUGUUUAUAUAAAUAUCUAAAUAAAGCUAAGCGGCCGAAUGCUCCCCAGU